AUGCAGCUCACUUCCAUCCUCACCGUUGCUCUCUCCGCCGCCAGCCUUGCCUCGGCCGGUCCUCUGCGUCGUGCUAAGAGCCCAGCUCUGACCUGGCAGGUGUCUAACUUCACCUCGACUUGCGCCCAGGAAGAGUGUGUCUACAACUUCAACAUCCGCGGCAUUGAGACCGAGAACACCCCCGGCUUCGCCACCAUCUGCUCGUCGACGGGCCAGAAGAUCGGAGACUACAUUACCUGUGCCAACGGCAACAUCACGGCCCUGGUGACCCCGGAGUCCCAUUCUCUUCGGAACGUGAAGGCCGAGCACUCCUGGCGCCAGGGCCUUACGGCCUCCUUCCACGCUCAAGGCGCGACCAACGUCACCCAAUCUGCCUCCAACUUCACCAUCCCGGUGACCCAUGUGUUUGGCUCUGCUUAA